UUCAUGUUAUUCUUCUUAUUUGGUAUCAAAGUUUCCAUAUAAAAAUCUGUUGGCAUGCUUUAUGGAUAUUUGCACUGCACAGGAUAUCAUCCUUGGGUAUAAAUCUCACAGCAAAUAUUGUAGGAUCAUCUGCAGCAUUAUUCAGAUGCAAUGUCUGUGGUAGAGCAUAUCGACACCGUGAAAAUCUGACAAGACAUCAGCGAGUGGAGUGUGGCAAAGAAGCACAUAUGCAUUGUAGGCACUGCCAAUACAAAACAAAACACAAACAUGACUUACUUAGACACCAAAGGAAUAGGCAUGCUGAUUUCCGUCCCUUACAAGACACCAACGUGUGGAAUGUGGCAAAGAGGCACACCUGCAUUGCAGUCAGUGCCAUUACAAAACUAAACACAAACAUGAUUUGGUUAGGCAUCAGAGAGCCAGGCAUGGUGUCUUUCAUCAUUACCAGUUGGAUAUUUUCACUUCACCAGAUUCCACCUGUGGAUAUAAACAUCGCUGCAAAUAUUCUAGGAUCUACAGCAGUUCUAUUCAGAUGUGAUGCCUGUGGCCGUGUGUACCGUCAUCGCGACACUCUGACAAGGCAUCAGCGUGUGGAGUGUGGCAAAGAGGCUCAUCUCCACUGUAGCCACUGUCAUUACAAAACUAAAUACAAACAUAACUUGGUUAGGCACCAAGGAAACAGACAUGCUGACAUCCAUCCUUGCCACUUCUGAAACUUGAUUUUGAGUAUUGUAACUUUUUUAUUUUUGGUCAGUAAGUUAGUAAAAUAUCAGAUGAUGGUGGAAAUAUAGCCUUUCCUUUCUUCUGAUAUUAAAUGUGGAGUAUAAUGUUUUAUUUCACAGCACCAGUGUUUCUAUCUAAUGAUAUUGGCCAUUGCAGACUUUUGGUUCACAGAGUGCAGAAAUUGAAGUGAAAAAGCUAACUUUUAGCAAGCUGGUUUGCAUGAAAGCCAAAAAGAAGGAUAAAUAAAGUAAAACACUAUAAACCCAGAAAAAUAUUACAGUUUUCAGCUAGCUUUCCAGUAUAUUAUUACCAGUACUUAGUACUGUUGUUAUUAAUUUCAAUCUGAGAUUUAAAAAAAUUGCUGAUAUUGUUGUAUAAUUAAACGUAGCUUUGAAAUGUAUGACAUUGGCAGUGAUUGGCCAUCAUUAAAUGAUACGACAACUACAUUCUCCAUUUGCUGUUAAUGGUUUGACUUAACUGAAAUAUAUUACUACUGUAAAUCAACAUUUAUUAUUUCUAUCCUCUUUCCACCUCUUCUCAAACAAUGUGUAUUGUACCCUUCUACACUCCACUGAAUGAUA